UUUGAUACGGGAACUUAUAUUCAAAAAUUGAUAGUUUUUGCAGAAAAAAUUAUUGAAAUUGGAUAAAUCGAUUCACAUUUCAAUGAAACUUAUUGCCAUUGUGGGAUCACACCAUCUACAGCAUCGGACAUUAUUGUACAGUACCGGACAUAAAUGCUGUUCAAUUUUUUAAGAGUCAUACAGUCGAUUUCCCUAUACCGUCCUAUAGAAAAUCACACAGCAUUUAUGUCCGAUACUGUAGUGUGAUUUCCUAUAGGACGGUAUAGGGAAAUAGCAUAUACGCUUGCGCAGUAAACGUCGUAGAAGGGAUAAAAAAACACUGGUGGAGAACCCAAAAGCAUUAAAGCAACUGAGGAACUCUUUUCAGUUCGACUAUAUAUUCAUUUGUAUUGUAAAUUCAAUAUGGCAGCAUCCAAUAAAAAAUUGGAAAACUGUGAAGUAUGCGCUGCAAAUAAAGCUAAAUACACUUGUCCAAAAUGUGAGGUUAGAACAUGUUGUCUAUCGUGCGUAAACAUUCAUAAAAAAGAACUCGAAUGUGAUGGAAUUCGCGAUAAAACAAAAUUUAUUCCGGCUCAUGAAUUUAGUGAUUUAGAUUUAUUGAAUGAUUAUCGCCUAUUGGAAGAAAUUAAUAGAUCAGUAGAUAAACUUAAUCGGGAUCAACUUAAAAAAUAUACCCGAUCCAAAAAUUUACCCCCGGGAUUGUAUAAAUUGAAGCAAGCUGCUCUUAUGAAUAAUGUUAAACUAGAAUUUAUGCCACAUAAUUUUAGUAGAAAUAAGAUAAAUACUACUUUCUAUAACUGGAAAACUAAAGAAUUGUUUUGGAGAAUAGAAUGGAUUUUUCAACAAGCUGAAAAUACUCGAUGGACCACAGAAAGAGUUCUAGACUCAAGAAGACUGUCAGAAUUAUUAGAUAAUAUUCUAGACCCACAAGAUUUCAAAGCAAUAGAAAAUCAUGAUAUUGAAGAUAAUCAAAAUAAAAGAUAUUUUCAAGACAAAAUUAUUUAUUAUCGGUCUGCUGGCUCAUCAGGAAUAAAAAUUCUUUUAAAAGCUGAAAAAGUGAAAAAUGCAGAAUUAAAGUUUUAUGAACUAGACUUAUCACUAAGUAUACGGGAGAAUUUAGCCAACAAAACAAUAAUAGAAUUUCCAACAUUUUAUGUUAUUCUUAAAGAUCAUUCAGAUGCUUAUAAUAUUAUUCAAACAGAUGAAGAAGAAGAUGAAGAAAUAUCGAAAAACUCUAAUAGAUAUAAAAGAAAACAAAAUAAUCAACCGUGCUCAAAGAAGAAAAAAGUAAAAAAUCCCGUAAACUAUUUUUUUAACGAAAAUACAUCAGAAGAGGAAGAAGAAACAGAGGAUGAUAAAUUUACAAAAAUUAAUAUACCUGAAUAUGACAAA